AUGGCCGCCUCAUUCCAUUGCAACGAUCGGGCGGCAACAGAGAACGCAUUGUACAAUCACAUUGCUGCUCUGGAUGAGCCAACGAUAAGGUCAGAGGAAGGCCGGGUGGUCUGGAGCAAUGAAGAAUAUUCCUUUCUGGAGAAUGCCUGUCCACGAACUGUCAACCCAAAGCUAUGGCGACAGGGCCAACUGUGCAACAUCCACGGCCUUUUCAAGAUCACAGAAGGAAUCUAUCAAAUUCGUGGCUACGACAUCUCCAACCUUACGGUCGUUGAAGGAGACACGGGUGUCGUGGUAAUGGACCCUCUCUCCACUUCGGCGCCUGCCAAGGCUGCGUUCGGAUUGUAUUGCAAGCACCGUGGCGAGAGGAAGAUUAAGGGCGUGAUAUAUACGCAUUCACAUAUUGACCACUAUGGCGGUGUCCUCGGUGUCGUGGCUCGAAGCCCGAAUGGCAGAUACGACUUCCCUAUUAUCGCACCUCAGGGAUUCAUAGAAGAAGCAACAAGUGAGAGUGUCUUCGCUGGUCCAAUUAUGAACAGACGAGCUGCAUAUAUGUACGGCACACAGUUACCGAAAGGUCCAGAAGGGCAAGUAGGAUGUGGCCUUGGCCUCACUGUGUCUAGAGGCAGACCAGCUCUUAUCCCUCCAAAUACCCACAUCACCACUACAGGCCAGGAAAUGAACGUUGACGGCAUAACUAUGGUCUUCCAAAUGGUACCCGAGACUGAGGCGCCAGCAGAGAUCAAUGUGUACUUUCCCAAACACCGCGCUCUGUGCAUUUCCGAAUGCGCCACCAACAGCAUGCACAACAUCAUCACUCUCCGCGGCACCCUCGUCCGCGACUGCAAGAAAUGGGCCAAAUACCUCGACGAAACCCUCGACCUCUUCUGUCAAAACGAAGACGAGAACCAAUCCAGCGUCCUCUUCGCAGGCCACCACUGGCCAACCUGGGGCUCCUCGGCCAUCAGGAACUUCGUCUCCUCGCAACGAGAUCUCUACGCCUACAUGCACGACCAAACCAUCCGCCUCAUGAAUCUCGGCCUCAACGGGACCGAAAUCGCCGAAAGGCUCACCCUACCUCCCUCUCUAGCAGACCAAUGGCAUUUACAAGGCUUCUAUGGUUCCCUCAGCCACAACGUCAAGGCCAUCUACCAACGCUACAUGACCUGGUUCGACGGCAACCCGGCCAAUCUGUGGAAGCAUCCUCCCGCCGAAGAAGGAAAACGCUACGUCCAUUGCAUGGGCGGUAUGGAAGCCACCAUCUCCAAGGGCGAAGAAUUCGCUUCUGCGGGAGACUUGCGAUUCGCAGCGACGUUGUUAGAUCAUGCCGUCGUAGCUGAUCCUUCCCAUCGAAAGGCGAGGGAAGCACUGGCGAGUGUGUUCGAGAGACUCGGAUUCGGAGCUGAGAAUGCGACUUGGAGGAAUUUUUACCUCUCUGCUGCCCAGAGUCUGCGGAGUUCGGUGAAGAGAGCCGGGCUAGGGACGCCGAAUCCUGAAGCUUUAAAGGCUGUGAAUCCGGAUUUGACCAUCGAUCAGUGGCUGGACGGGUUAUCGGUGCAGUUAGAUGGCUCGAAAGCUGCGAUGGCGGAUGCUCAGGGAAAAGUGCCGGCUUUCACAAUCAGCUUGGUCGUGCCUGAGCAGGAUAGCUCCUGGCUCAUUCGACUGAGUAAUGGCACGCUGACUUAUAGACGGAAGCAGAAUUCGUCGAGCGAGCUCCAGCCGGCGGAACUAAAGCUGACGUUGAGAAAGGCAGACUUUUUCCAGAUCAUCGCGCAUGGCAAUAUGGAGUGCGCCAAGGGAGCUUACAAGGGUGACUUGAGCGUCUUGAUUCAAUUGCUUGGCUAUCUAGACAUCCUACAGACGAGCCCGGAGCGAGCUGUAGGCAAAUUGUAG